AUGAAUCCACAACCAGACAUGUACUACCAGGCUCAGCACAUGUCUGCUGGUCCAGCAUCAGCACCGCAAACCGUGACUUCAAGUGCAAUGCCUCAGUAUGGACACCCUCAACCUACUCUGUUACAACCUGGCCCGCAGUACUCUGCUCCGCCAUAUCCUUACAAUUACUCCAAUGGGCUGCCAUCACCUCAAACAGCACCACCAGCUGUUUCGGCGCCGAUGGGACCGGCCAAUGUACUACCACUCCCAGGAGUCCCCAAUCAGUCAGCAAUGCAGAACAAUUAUCAAGGGUUUGACACAAGUGGACAAAUUGCUCCUCCGGGUAUGAAACCUCGGGUGACUGCAACGUUGUGGGAAGACGAAGGAAGUUUGUGCUUCCAAGUCGAAGCCAGGGGCAUUUGUGUUGCUCGUCGUGAAGAUAAUCACAUGAUCAACGGGACGAAACUUCUGAACGUGGCAGGAAUGACACGUGGAAGGCGAGAUGGUAUUUUGAAAAGCGAGAAAAUCCGACAUGUUGUGAAGAUUGGGCCGAUGCAUCUAAAGGGCGUAUGGAUUCCUUUUGAGCGCGCGCUAGACUUCGCAAAUAAGGAAAAGAUUACUGAGCUACUAUACCCGCUAUUCGUGCAUAAUAUAGGGGCACUUUUGUAUCACCCAACAAACCAGAACAGAACAAAUCAGGUCAUGGCUGCUGCUGAGCGCCGGAAAGCAGAAGUAAGCCAGAUGCGUAAUGGGCCCGCUCCUGGGUCUGGUCCUGCCCAAGGACCAUCGCCUCCUAGCGGCGUGUUGCCGUCAAUACAACAGCACCACCACCACAUAGGACUCCCCGGCCCCCAACCUUUACCCUCGCAUGCCGGUUCCGCACGUCCAUCCCUUGACCGCGCUCACACUUUUCCUACACCUCCGACAAGUGCUUCGAGCGUGAUGGGAAGCAUGGGUGCUGCCGAGAGCUACUGGGGACAGCAAGGCAUGAAUGGCGCCCAGGGUACUAACCCGAUGUCUAUCGACACUAGCUUGAGCAAUGCUGCUAGGUCAAUGCCGGCUACUCCCGCCACAACUCCUCCAGGCAACUCAUUGCACAGUAUGCAGUCGUAUCCUCAAGCUACUCAGCCAUAUGAUAAUUCCCGUGGCGUUUAUAAUCAUUCAACGCAGCAAGCGCCAUAUCCGUCACACAACAGCCCACCGGAUAGAAAUGUCUAUGGGCAGAAUAAUUCUUAUAUGAAGAGUGAGAUGGGACCCCCUUCAGGACGACCCGUUGGUGCUGGUGUGACAGAGAGUUCAGAUGUCAAGCCACCCAAUGGUAUGUUACCGCAUACUGAUGCUGUUCCGCAUGCCACUGGUGAAGAUGAGGCAGAGCAUGAGGCAGAGUACACACACGACAGUGGAGCAUAUGAUGCCAACCGAAAUGCUUACAACUAUAACGCUCCUCCUGUUGCACCUAUGUCGGGAGACCAUGCACAUUUAUCAUCAGAUAUAUCCGGUUCUCCGGGUCAUCAAGCCCAUUCUGGUCGCGCUACUCCUCGAACCGCCGCACCACCCCAGCCAUAUUAUGGGCAACCCACAGGAUACAGUACACCGCCACGAGUGCCUCCUUCGUCCAGUAACUUGUAUAAUGUAGUGAGUAACGAUCGGGCAGCACCUAAUGGAGCAUCUGCCUCUGAUGUGUAUGGCUCCCAAACGGAUAUAACCCCUUCGUUGCAGAAUGGUUACGCCCCUCCCUCAGUUUUGAACGGCGUAUCGGGUCACAAACGAGGACGAGAUGAUGAAGAGGAACUACAGCGUCCUUCAACCGGCAGCCUAGAUUUGAAGCGUCGGAAAACGCUAGUUGAUGGCACAAUAGUCCCUCCAGUAUAUGACGCAAUGAACAGACCGGCUUCAACUGUUGGAGGUGCUCGGCGGCGGUAA